AUGCCUUCUAAUAACCGGCCGCUCCUCCCAGUGCAGAAUUCCAUGACAUCGUAUUGGAUGAAGGACCCCCAUCGUCUGGCAUCUUAUCGCACUUCCAGUACGGUCCCAGAACAAUGCGAUAUAGCUGUUAUUGGCACUGGAAUGUCUGGAGUAGCGACAGCCUACCACAUACUAUCAGAUCCACAUAUUGGAUCAGAAAAGCCUAGCGUUGUUCUUCUCGAGGCACGUCAGGCUUGUUCCGGAGCAACCGGUCGGAAUGGUGGCCAUACCAAGCUCUCAAUACCCAUCAUUCAGCGGACGGCGGAAACUCAUGGCCCCGAAGCUGCAGUGCAAAUGGUUCGACACCAUUUGGAUCAACUGGCUGCUCUCAAAGAAGUAGUUGACAAAGAGGGCAUUGACUGUGAUUUGCGUGUGACUCGUUCCUUUGAUAUCUUCUUUGAUGAAAAGCAUGCUCAGAAAAUGGAAGAAUUUCUUUCUCGUGAGGAAGCAAGGGGAACGCCUUGGACACAAGAGGUACAGUGGAUUGAAAAGGCCCAGUCAGACAAGAUCACCGGUGUCCGAAAUACCAAAGGUGCCCUAUGCGUCCCUGCAGUCUCACUGUGGCCGUAUAAACUCUUCACUGAGUUGCUUUCAAAGGUCUUGGAGCUUGGCGGCCAACUCUAUACAGAGACUUGCGUUACAGAAGUGAAAGAAGAUGCUGGUCAAGCGACUCUGACAACUUCGAGGGGAACUUUGAUAGCCAAGAAGACCAUUUUCGCAACUAACGCUUACACCGCGGCUCUCCUCCCUCAAUACGAAUCCAUCAUCACCCCCCUUAAAGGCCAGAACUCUCACCUUUCUCCAGCACCAUCUUUCACUCCUCCUAACCCCCUUGCGAACACAUAUAACCUUCAUUUCGAUUCGCACUAUGCGGACUACUUGGUUCCAAGACCGGACGGGACAAUCAUCCUCGGUGGUGCAAAGUGGACAUACGAACACGAUCGUAAGAUAUGGUGGAAUAAUGUCGACGAUACCACCUUGAUCAAUGAUGCCACUACUGAGCACUUUGACUCAGUCAUAGCUGACCAUUUUUCUGGCUGGGAGAAUGCCCGUGCUCAUCAUGAUAUGGUCUGGACCGGAAUCAUGGCAUCUACGCCAGAUGUAUUACCCCAUGUGGGAAGGGUACCUGGCUCAAAGAAUCAGUGGGUAUUGGCGGGCUUCAAUGGUGCCGGGAUGACUCAGAUCUUUACGAUGACUCAAGCAAUUGCGAGGAUGGUUACAAGAGGCGCAGAGUACGAUGAUACAGGUCUGCCGGGGAUGUUUAAAACGACGGACGCUCGAUUGGCUGUCAGGCAUCAGGUUUAG